AGGGCGCGGCCACGGUAGUGUAGAAGCCUUAUCAACCCGGAAAGUAGCUACAACAACCAGCACUCUUGGUGGUCCAUCAUGGCUUAUUCGCUCUGGGCGGCCGGAUGUGCUGGUGGCGUGGUGGCGGCGGGGCGCGACCCUGUGGCGGCGGCUGCAUGAGGGGCGGCGGCCAGCGGGUGUUCGACAGUUCGUGUGACGGGGGGCGCCGUUCCCCCGCCAUCCCCUACACUCCCCAAACACAACAGCCAUAUCCCUGCGACGUGGUCCCGCGUACACUCCCGGUGACCGCCACCGCUACUGCAGCGGCCGCGGCCGCCGCUGCCGCAGCUGCCUACGCCUCGCCCGUAUCUCCCCCCGCCUUCCCUACUGGCAUCCUUCCCCCGCCCAUCGGCACGCCCUUAGGCACGCCGCCGUCACCCUGCUACGGCGGCUGCAGCUGCGGCGCGUCCACAGCUUCCUCCCCGGGUGCGUGCCGCGUGCACGAGCGCGUGUUCACGUGCCCGCCGCCCCCGCCACCCGUCACGUGCGGUGCCACGGACCGUGAGAGUGUGGGGCCACUCACAGGGGGUGAUGGGGAGCUAGCCGUACCCAUUAACGAUGACCAGGAGGUAUGGCACCCUAGGGACGAUACAUCGGAAGAGAUUAAAGAAGAAAGUGUAAAGGAGUUGUUACUGAGCUUGCAGAAGCAAGUGUCGAUCAUGAGCCUGAACCUGAACGCCAAGAUCGAUGAGAUCCAGUGUCACCAGCACGCCGACACCAGUGCCGCCCUCCUCGCCAUCAGGUCGCAGCUGCAGGACCUGACGAAGAGCGUGGAGAGCUGCCAGAGCGAGGUGGUCGAGGUGAAGCGGGACAUGGUGGCCAUCAAGCACGAGAUCGACACCCUCCAAGCCGCCAAGGAGGAGAUCGAGGAGCUGCGCGACGCCGUGGACCGCCUCGAGGAACAGACCCGACGCAGGAAGAUCCGCCUCCUGGAGCAGGCUUCCUCUCUCUCACCCACGGGUUUAACGUGCUUCUUGUGUUACGCCAUCUUCGCUGCUGUGCUUGGAAUGUUCCAGUUUGGCUACAACACUGGGGUUAUCAAUGCUCCACAAUCUGUUAUUGAGAACUUCAUUGGUGACUGCUGGAAGGAACGGUACAACAGGAACAUUGAAGGCAGCAAGCAGGAUUUGAUAUGGUCUAUUGCCGUAUCUAUCUUCGCUAUAGGUGGAAUGAUUGGUGGUUUCUGCGGUGGCAUAGUAGGAAACAGGUUUGGCAGAAAGAAGGGCUUACUCCUAAACAACCUUUUGGGAGUGGGAGGAGCAUGUCUCAUGGGCUUCUCUCAAAUGUUAUACUCUUUUGAGAUGCUCAUCCUAGGUAGAUUGGUCAUUGGCAUUAACUGCGGUUUGAACACCUCGCUAGUUCCCAUGUACAUCAGUGAGAUCGCCCCUCUCAACCUGCGUGGUGGGCUGGGAACCGUCAACCAAUUGGCUGUCACAGUAGGCCUGCUCCUCUCACAGGUUCUUGGCAUUGAGCAACUUCUUGGGAAUAGCAAUGCUUGGCCUCUUCUCCUAGGUCUUGCCAUUGUCCCAGCUGUGAUGCAGAUGGUGCUGCUGCCAGUGUGUCCAGAAUCUCCUCGCUACUUGCUCAUGUCACGCCAGUUAGAGGAUGAAGCGCGAAGAGCCCUAAGGAGACUGCGUGCAUCAAGUCAUGUUGAGGAAGAUAUCGAAGAGAUGCGAGCAGAGGAAGCAGCGAGCCAGACUGAAGCUCACAUGAGUAUGUUGCAGCUGGUGCGAUCAUCGGCACUGCGCAUGCCACUCACAAUUGGCAUUGUUAUGCAGCUCUCCCAGCAGUUGUCAGGCAUUAAUGCGGUGCUGUAUUACUCAACAUCCCUAUUCACGGCUGCGGGUCUGGAAGAAUGGCAGUCCAAGUAUGCUACUCUUGGCGUUGGGUCGGUGAUGGUUAUCAUGACCUUGGUGUCCAUUCCUCUCAUGGAUCGAGCCGGCCGACGUACGCUUCACCUGUAUGGCCUCGGUGGAAUGUUUGUCUUCUCCCUCUUUAUCACUAUUAGUCUCCUUAUUAAGGUAGGUUUAAGGGAAUGCAUACUGCUAACAAAUUACCCUUUUGAUUUUUCAGCUGUUGAGAACAUGGGCAAAAUUUCACCUGUGCUUCGUAAAGUCUUCUCUGUGGGUCCUGGCAGUAUUCCAUGGAUGAUCACAGCUGAACUCUUUUCCCAGGGCCCACGUCCAGCUGCCAUGUCCAUUGCUGUUCUAGUUAAUUGGCUGUCUAAUUUCCUUGUUGGAAUCGGUUUUCCAAAAAUGCAGGAGGCAUUUGAAAACUACACCUUUUUGCCAUUUAGUGUCCUACUCGCGUGCUUCUGGGUGUUUACAUACUACAAGGUGCCAGAGACCAAGAAUAAGACCUUUGAAGAAAUCUCUGCAAUCUUCCAAAGAGGGGUUGACAGGCCGCACAGGGAAUACCUCGAUGACCCCAGACUGUAUGGUAACUUCCAUGCUGUCACGAGCAGCAAUCACCUGAGCACUUUGAAUUGUGUUAACACCUUGGGGUCGAAGCCCAUGGAGACCGAGCAUGCGGCACUCAUCCGCGAGCUCUCGGGCCGGGCGCAACAACAGUCACCCUCAGCGCGCUCUGACAGGAGCGAUGGCGCUGGUGGUCAAGGAAGGCGGGGGAGUGAAGGCAGCGAGUCUGUCGGGGGCAGCAGUAGAGCUGAGAGUGGAGUCAGCAGCUCACGUGCAUCCAGUCAAGCAUCCAGUCGAGCGGAUAGCAGCGCCAGCAGCAGGCAGUCUGUCAUUGCCCAGACCAUGCCACACCCCUCCGAGCCGCCUGUAUGACUAGAGGCUACCACGCGGAUGUGA